UAUAUCACAAGGCUACAGGUGCCUUUAUUUCCACUGCACGCUCGUGCUGGGAGCGCCUGCCUUCUCUUGCCUUGAAAGCCUUCUCUUUGGACCUAGCCACCGCUGUCCUCACGGUGAUGUUGGACUCAGUGACACACAGCACCUUCCUGCCCAACGCGUCAUUCUGCGACCCCCUGAUGUCAUGGACCGAUCUGUUCAGCAAUGAGGAGUAUUACCCUGCCUUUGAGCAUCAGGCAGCCUGCGACUCUUACUGGACAUCAGUCCACCCCGAAUACUGGACUAAGCGCCACGUCUGGGAGUGGCUCCAGUUCUGCUGCGAUCAGUACAAGCUGGAUACCAACUGCAUCUCCUUCUGCCACUUCAACGUCAGCGGCCUGCAGCUGUGCAGCAUGACGCAGGAGGAGUUCGUGGAGGCGGCCGGCAUCUGCGGGGAGUACCUGUACUUCAUCCUCCAGAACAUCCGCACGCAAGGUUACUCCUUUUUUAAUGAUGCUGAAGAGACCAAGGCCACCAUCAAAGACUAUGCUGACUCCAACUGCUUGAAAACCAGUGGCAUCAAAAGUCAAGACUGUCACAGUCACAGUCGAACAAGCCUCCAAAGUUCUCACCUGUGGGAAUUUGUGCGAGACCUGCUUCUGUCUCCUGAGGAAAACUGUGGCAUUCUGGAAUGGGAAGAUAGGGAACAAGGCAUUUUUCGGGUGGUUAAAUCAGAAGCCCUGGCAAAGAUGUGGGGACAAAGGAAGAAAAAUGACAGAAUGACGUACGAGAAGUUGAGCAGAGCCCUGAGAUACUACUAUAAAACGGGAAUUUUGGAACGGGUUGACCGAAGGUUAGUGUACAAAUUUGGAAAAAAUGCACAUGGGUGGCAGGAAGACAAGCUAUGAUCGACUCCAGGCAUCAAGCUCAUUUCAUGGAUUUCUGUCUUUUAAAACAAUCAGAUUGCAAUAGACAUCUGAAAGUCUUUUUUAAAAAAAACCGGCAAACAUGCUGAUAACAUUUCUCCACAUCUCAGCUUCCGUUUGGAUUCAGAGUUGUUAUCUAC